AAUUCCUCCCCCCCCCCCCCCCUUUUUCCAUUUCUAGCCCAUCAUCAUUAAGAAUCGAAAAACACUACUUCCUCUUCUUCCUUUCUUUCACCCCAUUCCCCACUUUCUCUCUCAUUCAUUACUCCUUUUGAUUUUUUUACUACGACCAAAAAGUUGUAUCUUUUCUAAUUUUACAUGGGAAAAUUCCAAAAUUAAAAUAAAUUAUUCUCCCCUGUUCAUGGUGAAUUAUUCAAAAUCCAUAUUGUUUAAUGGCAUUGAAUUAUUCAAUCUUCCUCUACAGUUAUUAUAUUAUCCUUCUCAUUUUUACUAUUCCCCUGUUUUCUUCCCCUGUUUUUGCACUUCUCAAUCCUUCUUCUGAUCUGACAAGGGAAGUUUUAUGUGAAGAGAAAACAAGAUUAGGUUCAACGCCACCAAGCUGCUACAACAAAUGCAACCGGUGCCACCCUUGUAAGGCGGUGCAAGUUUCUACAUUGCCGAGUCUCCACCGAGUUGAACCUCCUCGCUCGAGUCAGCCGCCGAGUUCGGCGGAGAUUUUUGAGUACGACUCGUCGUAUGGGGGUGACAACAGGUACUCCAAUUACAAGCCAUUGGGGUGGAAGUGCCAUUGUAGAAACCAUUUUUAUAACCCUUGAUUUUAUUUUAUUUUUAUUUUUUUAUUAGGCAAUAAUUAGUUUAGUACAUAAGGCGAGACAUUUAACACUAAUGCUUAAUUAAUUUUUGUAUGUUUUUUGUGGGUUUGAUUUAUGGGUGGUUUGUUUGGUGGGGGUGCUUGUGUAAAUGGACUUCAUAAAAACAGUCUAUUUUUAUUUUGAAGACAAGGUAGGUUACUUGCUUAAGCUAUGCACGAUUUUUGUACAAAAGUGAGAGUUUUAAUUUUUAAUGUAAGUUUUUAGGCAAGCGAUAUGUGUAAUUUGAUUUUGUAUGCAUAAUCAUAUUUUAGUGUACGUUAGUUCAUUUUUAA